AUGUAGAUUAAUAUCAAAAACAGUAAAAUUAAACUUAUUUAGUUUAUGUAGCUUAGUUUUAUUAUGAAGACCCAAAUAAUAAUUUGUAUUAAACAAUUUAUCUUGAUGUAAUUGAUUGCACGAGUCCUAAUCUUGUUGGCUUCUAUUGUUUAGAUUUCUCUAAAAUUAAUAACUACACUCUUGCUCUGGACAAUUCUAAAAAUAUAUAUUCUUCAAUAUUUAUUAAUGUUUAUGGCUGCAGAGAUUUAGACGGAGUAAAAACAACUAUUCCAAAUAAUUGUGCCUCUUAGUGAUAUAGAUCAGUUUAUUAAUGGGAUAGAUGGCUAUUUCAAUCUAAAAAUGUACGUAGAGUAAUAUAACACAACCUCAAAGCAAAUUUAAUCUAAUUUUAGAAAUAUCUACGUAUAUGUAUAAUCAAGUUAAUGCAUUGUUAGCAAUUUAAAAACUUAAAAGCAACAGACCCAAGUAGCAAAAGGACUUAUUUUUUAAACUUCAGAAACUUACUAAUCUCCUAUUUAAUAUACUUAAUCUAACUAAAAUUUUGAUAGGUAAUAAUCUUUAUAAUAAGGUAUAGGUCCAUAUGCACAAGCUUCAAUUGAAUUAGAUGAAAUUGAAUAAUAAUUUGUAAUUUAAUUUCCUACAAUAACUGAAAUUUUGGCUCUUGUUAAUAGCAUUACUUCUAUUAUUAUAAUUUCAAGAAUUUUAGGAAGAUUUUACUCAUUUAGAAUAAUGAGAUAAGAUUUUUUUAUGUUGAUUUUCAGAAAUAUUUUUUAAGAUCAAAAUGAAUAAAUACUUCGCCAUAAUAACAUAUUAGUAAAACAGUAAGAGACAUAGUUAUUAACUAAUAUCAAGAAAGAAGAAGAUAUUUAAGAAAUUUAAAAGAAAGAUAAAAAAAACAUUGUUCCUAAUUUCAAAACUAAGUUUAAAUAAUAUGUUGACCAAGAAAAAAUGAAUGAAAAUUAAAAUAACUUCUUGAGUUUCUAAAAUUAAAUUCUUAGCGAAAGUGAAGAAUAAAAAGAUGAUAUUUUUAGUAGCUAAGGAGAUAACUUUAAUUCUAAUAAUUAAAUUAAUUAGUUAUAAAAUUUUUCAAAUAAAAUUAAUAUUUUAAGAAGCUAAUCAAUUUUUAAAAAGGGAGAACACAACUCGUAAGAAGCUUAAUUAUAGUAAGGUUAAUUGAAGAAAAAAUUGAAGACAACAAGAAUAGAAAUGAAUCAAAAUAAAGAUUUUAAAAAGAAUUUUACAGGACAAUACUUUCUAACAAAAAUAGAUAGUUAAAGAUUUACAAAUAACGUAAUUUCAGAUAAAUUGAAGACAAUAAAUGAUAAUUAAAUUAAAUAAUCUGUAUAAAAUUUCAUAUUUAAAUUUAAGCUUUUUAAAGCAAAAGAGUACUUAUUUUCUAAAGGUAUCAACGAAGAAUCUUUAAGCAAAAUAAAAAAAGAAGUAGAAAAGAGUUUAAAUAUCUAUGAAUUAUUUAAAGAUGUUAUAUUUUUGAAAAAAGCAAUAAUGAUGCUAUUAAGUGAGGAUCAGUUAGCCGCUAUCUAGCUUGUAAGUCUGACAGAUAAUUAUCUGAACUUGAAUUUAUCUAGCGAAAACAUACGAAAUGAUUACGAAAAAUUAUCAAUGAAAUUAAAUCACUAUGAAAAGCAGUAUUUGGCAUACAAGUCUGAAUAAUUAUAGAUAGAUUUUAUAGAAUAAUUUUUUUCAAAAUGUUAGGAAAUUGAUACUUAGAAUGAAAUAGAUUAAAGAAUAAUAUCUUCUAUUAAUUUAAAUAAUCUAUGA